UUAGUAAUACAUAAUGUCUGGGAAGAGUUGUUGUUGUAGGUGUGUGACUGUUGUGGCCAUGGCCAAGGGCAAGAGGAAGAGGAAGAGGGUGUUGUCAGAGUCAGAGAACACUAACAAACGUCCAAGGCUUCUUCUUGAUCUUAAUCAACCUCCCCCUUCUCAUGAUACUGGUCACUACCACACUGCUUAUUGUGCCAAUGAUGAGCUAAUUCCACAUGUUGCUGAUGACGCUGCUUCUUCUUCUGGAAAAGGCAAGAUAGGAGAUGAAAGAGAGAGUAUCUCCACCUGGGUCAAAAUCAAAUCUCUGCUCAAGAACAUCCUUUACUUUGUUUAAGGAUCAUGUCGUCUCACGUGCCUCACUUACACCUUACACCUUACACCAUAUAUAUAUAUAUGUCUUCCUUCAAUAAAUUGGGCACUAGUGCUUUUUGUUUUCUUGUUUCAGUUUCUUUUCUAUGUCUCAAUUGGUUGAGGUGUACUGGUCCACUGUCAAUUUUCACUCUCAACCUUUAGUCAAGUGGUUGAUAUUUAUGUUAUCAAGCCUAGUAUUAAGUUCUAUGUGUCUUUAUUAUUACAUUCUAAUUUUGUUUUAAAUAAAUUAAA